AUGACAGAUAGUGAUUACGAUGUUGUGAAAUGUCGAUGGGCUAGUAACGCAUCUGCGGUUGCUUCAACAACUAUUGAUGAAUGUAGUGGCGUCUGCCAAGAUUUGUCAGGAGCUAAACUGUACACAUCAUCGAAUACCGAUAAUAAUUGUACAAUCGUAUUCAACACGAGUGUUGUUGGUUAUUAUUGUAUAGCAAUACAAAUAGAAGAUUUCAUGCCAUCGUCGCCGAAUGGUACAGCAUUAAGUUCUAUUCCAUUACAGUUUCUUGUACGUGGUGUGCAAGUUUCCUGUGGCAUACCAACUAUCACAGGAGAGCCAACCAAUGGUGACACCAUCUAUGUACAAUAUAAUAUCACCUAUUCGACUGUUAUUACGGCACAAAGCGGUUGUAGUAGUACUAAAAUUGUACGAUUUCUAACGAUUAUUUUGCCAUCAGGUCUAGCAAGUAUUUCAACUCUAUUUCAAAGUAGUUCAGUACUUUAUUCCACGAUAUUAAAAUGGACGCCUACUAUUGAUCAAAUCAAUACAAAACAGUUGUUUUGCACAUUCGCAAUCGAUAGUAAUAACUCACUAUCAGCUGAGUAUUGCUUAAAUUUUGUGGUUAUUGCUCAAAUAGCAGCGACAGCUAGCAAUAACGACUCAAUCAAUUGGUCUCUCAUACUUGGACUUAGCUUGGGCAUUGGUCUUCCAUUAUGUAUUCUCAUGAAUAUAUUGAGUUAUUUUAAUUUUCCUCGAUGGUUCAAUAAGAAAUUUUCGAGCAAAGCUAAAACACUGUCUCGUUUACAAGAAGAUCAAACGUCGAGCGGACAAAAAAGAAUCGACAACGGCACAAAACUUUAUCGUGAAUUAUAUAUACAACCGGACGAUCGUAUGUCGCAAUCACUAAGUAGAACUAUGAGUACAAGUUCAAUUUCAUGGUGA